AAGCUUGAAAAUUAAAGUAUCUCUAAAUAUUAAAAUUUAAUUUUUCGAAAAUAGUAUAAAUAUGGAAGAAAUGUUCUUUUCUUUUAAAUUAGGUCAUUAUUUACAGAUUUUUUAUUUAAAAUAUUUCUCAAAUAUUUAUAAUUAAAUUUAUAUACAAAAUAAUAAUAAGAGAUUGAUACAAAUAAGAAACUUCUCAACCAUGUCAUAUUUUAAUAUAUUAAAAUAUACUUUCCGAUUCCAAUAACAAUUUUGCUAUAAAGUAAAGCGUGGACAAGUGAGAAGGAAGUCCGAAAGAUGGGCCGUUGUAAAAGCCCAAGAGUGAGCCCAAAGGCAGUUUAAAAAGCUUUCUCGACCUAAACCCUUAUCUCUUAUCUCUAUUUUCUACCAAAGGUCCAAUUAGCCUCUCAAGCCCAAAUCUCUCUCUCUCUCUCCCACUCCCUCCGCCGGACAUCCGCUCGAUUCCUCCGUCGCCACCGCGCUUUCUUCCUCGCAGAAGCAAGAAAAACAAGAAGAUGGACACAGCGUUGGAGGUAUACAAUGGCGUUGACAAUAGAACACCAGAGAUACAACCCAUCAAGCGACGCAAGAAGCAGUCAAAGGUCUGGGAGCACUUCACUAUCCAGUUUACACAGCCAGGUUGCAGAAGGGCUUUCUGCAAAGGCUGUAACCAGAGCUUUUCCUACAGCAACGGCUCAAAAGUAGCUGGCACUAGCCAUCUCAAGCGUCAUAUUGAUAAAGGCACUUGUCCUGCACUUGUUCAUCAUCAUAAUACGCAGGACAGCAAUGAAAUGACAACACCCCAAACUGCCAAGAGUGAGACACCUAGUGAGACACCUAGGAGGAGGCGUUACCGAACCCAGGACAGAAGUGCUUGUGUUGUGUUUGAUCAGGACAAGUGUCGCCGUGAGAUUGUUAAGAUGAUCACUAUGCAUGACUACCCUCUUCACAUGGUUGAGCAUCCAGGGUUCGUCUCCUUUGUGCAGACUCUCCAGCCUCAGUUCUUUGACGCUCUCAGUUUCAACAAUGUUCAAGGAGACUGUGUGGCGACUUACCUUGCCGAAAAACAGAAUGUCAUCAAGUGUUUAGAAGAGAUUCCUGGACGGUUCUGUCUCACUCUUGACUUCUGGACCUCCAAGUUAACUCUUGGUUAUGUGUUUAUAACCUGCCACUUCAUUGACAGUGAUUGGAAGAUACAGAAGAAGCUUCUCAACGUUUUGAUGGAGCCUUAUCCAGAAUCAGAACAAGCUCUGAGUCUUGCUGUUGCUAAUUGUGUUUCUGAAUGGGGUCUGGAGGGCAAGUUGUUUAGCGUUACCUUCAACCAUCCGGCGAGUAAGCCUGCAGCCGAAAACAUCAGACCUCUACUAUGCAUCAAGAACACUGGGAUUCUGAAUGGUCAGAUGGUGAUAGGAAACUGCGUUGCGCGAACAUUCAGUGGCAUUGCUAAAGAUGUGCUGGAUAAAGGGAAAGAUGUGAUCAAGAAGGUCCGUGACUGUGUGAAGCACGUGAAAACCUCAGAGUCUCAUGAGGAGAGGUUUGUUGCGCUCAUGGAACAGCUUCAACUUCCAGGCGAGAAGGUACUUUCUCUUGAUGAUCAGACGCAAUGGGACACAACAUACAAGAUGCUUGUGGCUGCUUCAGAGUUAAAGGAAGUGUUCUCUUGCUUAGACACUGUUGAUCCUGACUUCAAGCAACCUCCUCCUUCGGCAGAAGAUUGGAGCCACGUGGAGACACUUUGCACACUCCUGAAGCCUCUUUUCGAAGCGGCCUCUACUCUUCAGACAACUGGAAGUCCCUCUGCUGUUACGUUCUUCCACGAAGUGUGGAAGACGCAGUCAGAUCUGUCUAGGUCCAUUGCCGGAGAGGAUCCGUACGUAGCGGGUAUUGCUAAAACCAUGAAAGAGAAGGCUGACAAGUACUGGAGAGAGAGUAGCUUGGUUUUGGCAAUGGCGGUUGUGAUGGAUCCUCGGUUCAAGAUGAAGCUCGUGGAGUUCAGUUUCUCCAAGAUAUUCGGUGAAGACGCUGGGAAGAACAUCAACACCGUGGAUGAUGGGAUCCACGAGCUCUUCAGCGAGUACGUGGCACUCUCGGCGCUGGUGAAACCGGCAUCUGAAGAUGAACUGUCAGAGUUCGACAAAUUCAUGAUAAAGGAGAGGGCAGGGAAGAAUCUGAAGUCAGAGCUGGACCAGUACCUUGAGGAAACGCUGUUACCACGGGUUCAGGAGUUUGAUGUUCUCGAGUGGUGGAAACAGAACAAGCUCAAGUUCCCAACAUUGUCGAAGAUGGCUAGAGACAUCCUCGCUAUCCCAGUCUCGGCUGCAGCCUUUGACUAUGUCUUUGACGUGGAACCGAGGGAGAUGGAUGAGUACAAGACGUCACUGAGGCCUGAGACUGUGGAGGCUCUUAUUUGCGCGAAGGAAUGGCUACGUGAGAGUGAUGCUUCUUCUGCAGCAGAUGUGCAAAUGUCAAGUGCUAUUGUCAAAGCUGAAACAUAGGUGCUUCUUUUGUGUGGUUAGUCUUUAACCCACGUGUGAAUGAUUUGCAAUAAAGAGUUUACCUCUUUUAAAACACUAGGGAUCGUGUGGAUCUGUGUUGUUGUUUUUGCUUUUAGAUAUUGAGUACUAGUUGGAGAGGCGUUGAGCCGUUGACCCAAAUUUACAACAAACAAGAUUCAUUGCAGGUUGAAGAUCA